CAAACUAUGAAUUGAGUUUGGUAAUUACGUCUCUCGGCUGUGUUCGCUGUGUAUACUCUAGCAUUGGCUAAAUGGCUCUCACGGGACAAGACUUUGUCUUCUGAAACUCUAUAACUAAAUCCAUUAUUACGGUGGAGAUUCGUUGAAUAUACUCACUUAUGAGUUAAAGCAUCAAAGCUUCGACACUUUCCGAGUCGACUUGUACUGCACACGCCGACAGCAGUCCAGCCGCAUUGCUUGGAAUAAAUUCUUAGCUUAGUCAUAUUUAUUAAAUAGGUAGUACAAAGUUUGAUACAUCAUAGAAUUUUCAACGGUACAAUUAAAAAAAGUUCUACCAAUUUCGGGACAUUUUUUACAACUUCCCAACAAAUUCGAGGGUCGUUCCUUUUGCGUUUCUGACCAUAUUGUUUCCAGAGAGAUUCGUGAUUAUGUCAGAUAUUAGCUCACAAAUUGUAUCAAAAGAAACAUUAAAUUAUAAAGAAAACGCUAGCUGGAGAAUUUCUGAAACAUCGGAACGUGAACCGCACAAAAAGCAUACGGAGCCAUCGUGCCAAUCUAAAGAUACAGUUAUGCCAACACCAAUCUUACAUCGACCUUUCCUGGACUCUCCUCCACCACAACCCGCACCAAUGCCCGCUCCUACACCUGUGUACCUAGACUCGGACCCUCGCCUACCAUGUCCACUGGAAUCACCUAUGUCUUCGCCUAGCUCUGCUAUUCUAGAUGUUUCUGAAACGAACUCAAAUAUUUCCGACUCGGACUUUAUAGCAGAUACUGCUUGUAAACAAAAACAGUUGGAAGUUGAUUACACACAUGUAGCUGAGGACCAAGAGGCAAUGAAAGCAAACUUGGAAAAGACAAAUUCGGAACCUUCAUCUCAGCAUUUAAAAGCAAGCGAUGCUUUAGAUGGUCAACCCAGGCGCUAUAGAACUGCGUUUACAAGGGAACAGAUUGGACGACUUGAGAAAGAGUUCUGCCGUGAAAACUAUGUUUCAAGGCCUCGAAGGUGUGAGCUAGCUGCCUCCCUCAACUUACCUGAAACAACUAUCAAGGUAUGGUUUCAAAAUCGCAGAAUGAAAGACAAGCGACAAAGGAUGUCAAUGACAUGCGGUUGGCCACACCAUCACCUUGACCCUCACCUGUACUCUAUGCUUUUAGCUGCCAGACCACCAUUUACCCCUACAGCCGCCGCAGGAGCCUUUCACUACUACCCAGGCUUACAUCCUAGCCCAGCGGCGACAGACUUGUACAGCAGUUACGCAAUGCAACUUCGCAGCAGAGCCGAGAUCCUCCGCUGUCUAUCCUAUCCAUACCCCCAGCUUCCAGUCGCAGGAUCGUCCACCGAGCAGACCAGUAGCCCAUCUAGCAGUACAAGCAGUAUAAUAUUUCCUAGUCCAUCAGUCCCGACACCGUGUGUGCUUCAUCAUGGGUGCAACGGACACUCACACGCCAGCCCAACUCCUCUAAGCUUGCCCACAUUAGAAUCCAGAAUAAUUCCAAGUCGACAUCCGCUUAAUUCUACCUCUUUCUAAAAAUUAUAAUAUUGUUUUCAAUAUCCGUUCAUAACACUGUAAAUAAUCCUGUUCCUUUAUCUGCAAUAAUUACUGUACGAUUUUACUCUGCUUCAAAUUUGACCCGUGCUAUAGUUAGUCUAUAUAAUAAUGGAAUGUGUUUAAUAUUGCUGAGAAUUGUUAUAUAAUAACAAAUGGUAUUUAAGUGUACAUAUGCCUAAGCAAAAUCAGCAACAUAACAUUUUUAAUAUAGCGGAUAUGAAUGUGAUAGUCUGCUACAUUAAAUUAACACCAUGAUGCCAAAAAUCUUGAGAUUUAUAAUAAAGGAAGAGAUUAUACUCUA